AUCAACAAAGAUGCCCCAUCAACAAGUUGAUAUUGAUGGUUUCAAAACAGCCUGUAAGUAGCAUGUGUGAGGUUCCACGGACGCAAUUCGGGGUCGAAGACAAGAUAGCCGAUCAAGUUCUCCAGGGAUUGUGACGAGUUCAUGUGUAUCAGAUGAUACUACCAGGACAAUUUGCCAGCUCGAGCACCGCUUGAACGAGGCUUUGACGACCAUAAAGAGGAAGUUCAGUCUGUGUUCCCUGCCCUACUAACGUUAGAUCUAACAGGCUGUCCCACGCCGUGUCGCUCGAUCCCUCGCAAUAAUAUUAUACCCCUUCUUAAACACACGUUCCGUCUUCCAUUCAGCACACGAUCCGCGUCAGUCUGUAUUUCAAGCAACCCAAAAAAAAAAUAUGAGUAACACACUCUUUGCUGCUCCUUUCAUGCCCCCACCACGUCCAAGCACCGCCACAACAAUGGCCCUCGACUCAAGCAGUGGCAGGCGUGUUCCUCGAAACAAGGACUUUCUCAAUAAGCAUGGCCAUCGCCAUCAUUCUUAUGACCCAGAGAAAGCUCCUUAUCCUCUGAGUUAUGAUAGACAAGUCCUCGAAUUGGAGAAUAUGGACCACAGCUUCGUUAUGCAUGUCAAGAAAUCUGUUUCAGUCGUCGAGUUCCCAAAUCACAUCUCUCCGAAACGCUCUCUCGAUCUUGGUUGUGGCGGGGGGACGUGGAUACUUGACGCUGCGAAGGAAUGGCCCGACUGCGAAUUCGUCGGGUUUGACCUUAUGGAUGUACAAGUCCCGUCAUCAUUUCUGGAGCCAGAUGUUGCGCGUCGCGUCUCGUGGGUACAUGGGAACUUUCUGACGACGAAACUCCCGUUUGACGAUGACGAAUUCGAUCAUGUUCACAUGCACGGCUUAGGCCGGGGCAUCCCUGAGAAUAAGUGGGGUAUUCUCUUCGAAGAAGUGAACCGUGUCCUACGACCAGGUGGGGUUGUUGAAGUCCUCGAACAUGAUAUCUUAUUCCCUACGCUACCAACCUGGUUUACGGCACCUUUGCGAGCUCGUAAUAAGCGCUCAGAUUCUGUACACUAUCCCAACGGCUCACAUCACCGCAUUGACAAACCGUCCUCGUCACAACCAGACAUCCCACCCUUGCCUCAUGACCACGCACUACUCGAAAGCUUGUAUUAUGCUGUAUUUGAGAACCGAUUUAUCAACUUACGACCAACAGCUAUUCUCCCAAUAUAUUUCACCUCGAAUUUCCGCCGAGUAAUAUCUGCGCCCAUUGUCCAUUUCCGCAUGCCUGCACUACCCCCUUUACAAGCAUUACCGCAACCGUUGCCACCAAAUGCGCUUCUCAUGGAAGCUUCGUUAUCCUCGGAUAAAUCAGAGACCACCUCACAACCUCAAUUGCCUCCCACGCCCCGCCCCCUCGCCGUUUCGUUCUCGUCUACCCACUCCUCCGCCACGAGCAAAUCAGCAUCAUCAGGAGAAUCCUCGUUAUUCAGUAGUAUAGAUGGUUCUAUGCUCUCAUACCCGACGACGAGUCCUGCAGAUUGCUCACCGCAAUCACCAUCCCUCUCGUGCGACACAGCUAACACCUUGAACUCUGAAAUAGAAACACCCCAUGUCGUCAAAAAACCGAUUUAUACUGUUGAUUGUUCGGCGGCCGAGAGUACAUCUCUGGGCGUUGCACCUUCACACUCCCUGAUUCCUCUCGAUGAGAUCGACAAGCUUAGCGAACGUUCGCUCGCUAUGCAAUUAUACUGGUCGUAUCAGAGUGUACUGGCGUGCCAAGAGGCUAUGUACGAGGAACUAUUGGAUCGCACGAGGAACCGAACAGGGCAAUUGGCAGAGUGUGGGUGGGACACCGAUCAGGAGCUGUCCGAACUCGAGAGCCGGACAAAGUUCGAGAUACUGGUAGACCGUUAUAAGCGCGAUAUGCAGGCACGAAUAUCUUUGUGGUGCUCACUUGCUGAGCUGGGGUGGUCUGUCCCUCCACGGGAGGCAAUGUCGAAGGCAGAGCUUGUGGAGGAGGAGAGACUUUACCGGGCUAUGCUAGAAGCGCGACGGUUUGCCCCUGAGGAAGACCUGUACACACCUUGUCGGUCUGUGCGAAUAUUCGUGGGUUACAAGGACGUAUAGUGAUUUCAUUGUUUCCUGCUCUGGACUUGCAUUUCAAUUAUCAUUCGUGUUUAUUGCUUAGGUGUUUAAGUAUGAGGUUUGUGUGGUGCACAUACGAGAUUAAAAGGCUGUUUUUGUAGCACUACGUAUACGAGGUUUUGUAGCGGCAUCGUGUUCUGCUAUAAUGACAGGUUCCGACUGAUUCGGAAUUCGGGUU